AUGAACGACAACAAGCCCAACACCAACACCGACACUACCGGCAAAAUCAAAGAUGAAGAAAACAACCCUUCCUCCUCACCAACAACAACAACAAAGGAAGACCUCGACCCCAUGGUAGCUCUCUACGGAGGUAAAACAGACAAACCCUUACCACCCACUCCCCCUUUUCUCUGGACUUCCUCCCACACGGCGUAUCAGGAGCAAGAAGUCAGAUUUUCGGCUUUCGAACCCUGCUAUAUCGCCUGCAUCAAGAAUCUGGAAUGGCAGCUUAAGAGGAAAUGUCAAAAGAUUGAUAUCUCGACAGGAGGCGAUGGCGAUCAGCAUCUGGUGGAGGAGAUGGGCCCGCUUUUGUUGGAAUAUUGUAUGUAUCCUCUCUCAUCAUUUCUUCCCCUCUCUCUUCCUCUCCCUCUCCGCACAUUGAAUGUUAAUCAUGAUCAAAAUGUCCAGCCCAAAUGCUCGAAGCCCUAAGCAAAAUCUCAAGCCGCGACCGCGUCUUCGAAGAAGACCUCCUCGUCAACCCUUCCGGCAACACCCUCGUCCGCUAUUCCGGUUCCCGCCGCCGCAUCACGCGCCCUCCCACCGACUCCGACCGCCUGCACGACCACCUCCGGCACAACGUCAUCCUCAUCAUCCUGGAAUACAUCUACCUGCUCGACAUAGCGGACGCGCUCAAAAAGCGGUUCGGCAACCUCACGCGCGCGCUGGAUCGGUUUCUCAUCGCUCUGCUAGGCGGGGUGUCGCUUUUGGUGCCGAUGAUUUUGAUGACUUUUCUGGUCUCCCGGACCGCGAGGUUGGUGAUUGUUUGUGUGGCUACGAUGGUUUUUGCGGGGGGGAUGAGUUUUAGUGAGGCGAGUAAGGAGGGGGUUGUCGGGAGUACGGCGGCUUAUGCGGCUAUUAUGGUUGUUUAUAUUGGGAGUUCGGAUACGAUGGGGAUGUAG